ACAGCGGCGGUCUAACACACUGAUAAAAAUAUAAUAAAUUAAAUUUUUAGAAAAGUAUUUAUAAUGGACGAAGAAGGGGAAAGUAUUUUGCUUGAAGAUAAUUAUUAUCAAUUAUUAAAUGUGUCAAAAACGGCAUCAACAGAAGAAAUCAACAGUGCGUACCGCCGUUUCUCACGCAUGUUUCAUCCCGACAAACAUAGUACAGACAGCAAGAAACAAAAAUGGGCUGAGCAGAUAUUUAACAAGGUAAAAGAAGCCUAUGAAGUAUUGUCCGAUUCCCACAAGAGAGCUAUUUAUGAUACUCUAGGAAAACGUGGCUUAGAAGUGGAUGGUUGGGAGAUUAUAUUUAGAACUCGAACACCAAAGGAAAUUAGAGAUGAAUAUGAAAGGCUAAAGCGGGAGAGAGAAGAACGACGUUUACAGCAAACUGCCAACCCACGUGGCACUAUCACUUUGUCUAUUAAUGCAACAGAUAUGUUUACAAAAUAUUAUGAUCAAUAUGAAAUUGUGGAUGAUACAGCAUUAAUUCCUAAUAUAGAAGUUUCUGGAAUGACGAUCCAGCAAUCUAUUGAUGCACCAGUUACUUUAAGGAAUACCAUGACUUUAUCUGGAAAUAUUUCUACACAAAAUGGAAAUGGUACAGGAUCAGUGAAUGUGUCAAAUCGUCAUUUGAGUUCAGAAAAAGGAUGGACUGAAGUAGAAUGUGGUAUUGGUAAUGGACCUCUUCUCGGGUUUAAGGUGUUUCGGACAUUGUCCCGACUGAUGUUUCUAAACUGUGGUACUGUACUGCAAUUUACUCCAAGAGGGAUAGUUCCAAGUUUUGUGUCAACCAUGGCUUUACAGUUAGAUGCACAUUCAGUUGGAUACCUCACAUAUCGUGCGGGCGGACAAAGUGGUUCAUCAAUGACAUCCAUGUAUGUCCGAGACUCCGAGAAAUAUCAUACAAACACUGCCAUACAGAUCGGGAAUCCCCAUUCGUUCAUUUCAUUCAACGUCAUGAGAAAACUGCCACAGUAUGAUAUGAAAUUAAGAUUGGCCAUAAAGUUUGGUACAUUUGGAGCAUUAGCUGAAUAUGGUGCUGAAAAGAAAGUAUCUCAGAAUAGUAGUGUUUCUGCUGCGGUUAUGGUUGGAGUGCCCACUGGAGUUGUACUCAAACUUAAAUGGAGCUGUUCAUCACAAACAAUAGUAGUGCCAAUGCAUCUUUGUGAUGAAGUGAUGCCAUCACCUGUGUUUUAUGCCACUGUUGUCCCGCUGGUCUCGUGGCUGGUCCUUAAGAAAAUGGUCUUGGAUCCUAUAGCUAAAGAACGUCAAGAAAGAGAAAGGCAAAGAUCUAUGGAAGCGAACUUCGAAAGGUUACAAGAAAUGCAACAACAAGCCCGCGCUACUGUAGAACUAAUGAAAGAAACCUAUUCGAGAAUCAGAAACGAUGAGGAAAAGAAGAAAGGCUUGGUUAUAUUACAAGCUUUGUAUGGAAAAUUACCUGCAGGUGCGGAUAGCCAUGAAGUGACAACAGAUGAAGCAGGUGACGGUGUUCAAGCGGAAUCACCACAUGGAUAUUCCGAAGUUAUUGAUGUUACUAUACCUCUGCAGUGCCUUGUUAAGGAUUCCAGGCUCGAGUUACUAGAAGCUAGCAAGUCGGAGUUACCAGGAUUCUAUGAUCCAUGUGUUGGGGAUGAUAAGCAUCUCACAAUCAAAUACUCUUUCCAUAAUAAUCUUUACGUUUGCACCAUUACUGAUCAACAAGCCGUUGUAUUGCCACGCAAUAAUCAUCGAAUAAAAAAUAGAUCCUGAAAAUUAAAGUCUAGGUGCAAACGCUAGCACCCAACACAACAAAUGAAUGUAUUCUUCAAAAUUAUUAUUAUUUAUUUAGUUUUUUUUUUCAUCUUGUAGCCGGAAUCCAG